AUGGGCGUCGAACAACUCCAAGGUGUAUACGUAUCUGGCGUGCCACAUGGCUCGCCGGGCGCGAUGCGGGUGUGGCUCAUUCUCGUCGUUUCGUGGAUGGCGAUACUGGCUCUUCUGUGUGUUGUACUGCGGCUGGUCAGUCGGCGUAUAAAAAAGCAGAAGCUGUGGUGGGAUGACUACCUGAUCUUGUUUUCCAUGGUCUGGAACUGGGUCGUCGUCGGCAUUGGCUUCGCUAUGUUCAUCGAAGGCACCGGCUACCACGCCUGGCAGCUCCCCGCCGAGGCUACAAUCAACAUCGAGCGUUGGCUCCUCGUCACUGAGAUCAUCUACUUCUGGAAUAUGUGCUGGACAAAACUCUCCCUACUCUUCAUGUACUACCGAAUCUUCCAUUUCCGCUACUUCAAGGUUCGCGCCAUUGUUGUCGGGUCCUUUGUCGUCAUAUGGGCUAUUACCGCCUCGUUCCUGUACACGUUCAUUUGCGUGCCUGUCCACAAGCUGUGGAAGCCUGAUAUUCCCGGCCACUGUAUCAGUCAGUUAGGCGUGUGGAUGGCGAAUUCGAGCGCGACCAUCUUCUCAGACAUUUUGAUCUUGUGCUUGCCUAUGCCGCAGGUGUGGAAGUUACAGCUGAAGAUGAUCGAAAAGAUCACCGUGACGCUCGUCUUUAGCCUAGGUUUCUUCGCCGUCUUUGCAUCCGCCUUCCGGACAUGGGUCCUCUUUAACUACUCCAAAAACGACGUCCCCUAUACCUUAACACCUCUCCUCGUCUGGUCCGAUAUCGAAAUGUGCGUCGGCAUCAUCUCUGCCUGCCUGCCCACCCUCCUCCCUGUCGUCACCAUCGCCGCCACCAAGCUUAACCUCUCGCGCGCCCUUAAGCUCACCCGUAACACGGUGUCUCCCUCCGGGUCGCGGCAGCCCUAUGCUAGCAGUAAGGGCACAUCGAGUCAUCUGAGAACUAUUGACGGCGGAGAAUUAGACCUGGAGGAUAUGAGAGAUCGCGUCCAUUCCAAGCGCAGGUCUGAUAGCGAUCCGUUUUAUAGGCUACCGGAUGUCUCAAAGUCGGACAAUAUAUUUGCCAAUGACCAGGAGGAUAUAAGAGAUCACGUCCAGUCCAAGUGCAGGUCCGAUGACGAUCCGUUUUAUAGGCCGGACAUCUCCAAGUCGGACAAUAUAUUGGUCAAGGAGUUGGAGGUAAGGAUCAAAAUCUGCAAUAGUAGUCGAUCAUAUAACAAGGCCUAG